CUCAACAAGACACAAAGUCCAUUUAGUCUUAUUCUGACCGCUAUCCUCUACCUGACACAAUGUCAAAGCUAUACACAUACCUCCUUGGAAUUCAAGGAAGCCUGCUGCUUGCCAAUGGCGCCUACAUGCUCCUCUUCCCUUCAGAAAUCGCCGCCCCUCCGUCCCCGAUGGCUGGCACUCCAAUCUCUGUGAUUCAUGCCAUGAGUACAUCGACGAUAAGUCUCGGCUUAACAUACCUUGUUGCCGCAUAUCAGAGCAACCGAACCUAUGUCGUGAUGGGAGUACCUGGCCGAUUCCUUGCCGCCGCUCUAUUUUGGUAUCAUGGUGGGGCAUGGAAGAACGUCGCCUGCUAUGAGGCUGUGUGGGGAGCAAUCAAUUUUGGCGCGUUAAUGUGGUAGAUAGAUCAUUGAGUUCCCGUGGCUGGGUAUUGUACAAUAUUGUAUGGAUUAUUAGAUUCGAGAAUAGAAAUCCCAU